AAGGUAAAAACCUAUAGCACCAAUGCUAUAUAGCAUAGUAAAAUUCCUCCAGAUAGUUAGGAAAUUAUCUAUAGUAUAACAACCGGUUUGGUCGAGGUUAGAUAGUGCAUAUCUAUUAUCCUACCUGUUUGUGUCUAGUAAAUACUAGGCGGUUUGCGGGACAGUGGCGAUGCGUCUGUUCAUGGAAGGAGGGUGUACUCCAGAUCCCUGCAAAACAAGGGUCCGUGGGCGGUUGCCCAGGACACUCUCCAAUGCUUAAGUUAGAUAGAGAAGUGUGCAGUAAUGUGUUUGUUCUAGAGAGAGAGAGUAGUUGAGUUUACCAUCAAUGCUCUCAAGGUGCAUUUGUGGUGGUGGUUGAGUCAUUUAAUGUUACGUCAGGCGUCCCUGACAGGCCUGCUCCCUAGGUGGACCGCCGGCGGCGGGCAAUAAAUGCUCAGUCUUACCCAGCCUGAGGUACAUAUCUCAACAGAUCUUUGCUUUCUGUCAUGGUUAGUCACUUUAUGUCAGGCGGUUCUGGACACUCCUUGGGUUUGGAGUUGGCCGAGGACCGCGUGUCAUCCUAGUCUCCGUGACCAGGCCGGAUACUCUAUUGGGCCCAGUCCGCUGUCCCUCGCCUCUUGGGCCCGAGGCCCAUGACCGCUCAACUACGUGGUCCAACACUACCCAAAAUAGUUAAGAUUUUACCUGUAUUCAGUCUUAUACAAUAAUUGAGUAAAAUAUCAAAACCAUACCCAUACUUGAUCGGGUUUUGAGUAUCCACGGUUAAUUAUGGAUAAUAGUUUCUAUUAUAGCUUUCACCAACAUGUUAAACAUUUCACAUAUACUGACAUUGUAUUAGUGAAAAAUUAAAACAAUGAGUUACUAAAAUGAAAAAGUGAAAAAUUAUAUAAUUUCAUGAAAAUAUUAUAUAUGUAUGAUAAAUAUAAAAUAAGUUGAGAAAAAUAAUGAUUCAUUUUAAACAAAAUACAUGUGUACAAUUACAAUCGAGCAUAUUUGGGUUAGAUAGUGAGAAAACCAUACUCAUCCAUCACCCCGUAAUAUUUGAGUUCAUGUAUUACCCAUACCCAUUAAAAAUUUCUAUUUAAACCCAUCCGAUUAGGUUGAAUUCGGGCGGGUAUCACGGGUAUAGUUAUUUUGUCAUCCCUAAAUAUCUAGAUUCACUAGAUCAUAACUUCUUAGCAUCACAAAAUGUCAAGGUAAAUCCUGCAAAGUGCAAAGUAAAGAAGUGGACACUCACUCACGAAACACUAAUUUGGGCAUGCAUAGAGUAGUAGCCGGCCCAUCACCAUCAAUUCAAAAUGGGACGGUGUGGAAAUGAUGACAGUGAUUAACACCUGAUGGCGAAAAGCCAUACAUCUGAUCAUUAUCAUGCUCUUUGAAAAAUUAUUUCCUGGCUAUAGUUCAGUCAUUCUUCAAACUUAUUUUAUUGCUAGGGUUUCGCGUCAUUAUUAUAUUGAAGGAUUGAAAAAUCGUAUUGUAUUGGUGGUUCGAUCAGAUUAACUUUUUACUGGAAGUGAAAUAGGUUGACGGUAUUUAGCGGUAUGAAACGAUUGAAUCAUGAUUAAACCACGAUCUUAGCAUAGAUUAAAAUACCCUACUGUUGACUUUUUUGGUAAAACGUCUAGUACGAUUUUCAAUCAUUUUUUUAAAAAUUUUAACACAAUUCACAAGCCUACUAAGCAGUGGCGUAGCCAGAAAUUUAUCUAAGGUAGGUCAAGCGUGAAAAAAAAAAACAUAAGUUCAAGGAUAUGUUCAUGUUUUGAAAAUUAAAAUACAUUCAUUAUGCAAAUUUUGAGGGUGUUAAGAUACCACAACGAAAAAUCGUUCAUGAUUCCAAAAAUCAUCUCAUUCUGAAGUGUUUCUUCACUUUGUUGAUUGCACUAAGUGCUCUUUCACCACUUGUAAUAAAAACUUAUAGCAACAACUACUUCGAGCUUUUGUAUAUAUUAAACUCACUUUACACAAAAUAUGAAUUAAAAGUAAAAUAUAGAUCACAAAACAUUACUUUUUCGUAAAAUUAUCUACGAUAAUAUGAAGAUUUUGUAUUCAAUCUACAAUCAUAUAGACUAAUUUACUUAUACAUUUUUUUUGGGUCAAGGUGGCGCAAAAGACCCACCUUGGCCUUGAGUGCCACUGCUACUAAGGAUUGUUUGUAAGAAUAUAAAAUUGGGUGAAUGCCAUGAUUGGUCACUGAGAUUACUAAAAAAAUGUCAAGUUUGGUCACUAAAAAUACUUUAUUCCAUUAGUGAUCACUAAAAUUACUAAAAAUGUCAAGUUUGGUCACUAUCCGUCCAACUCCAUUAACUUUUACUUAUGUGGCAAUUCAACUCUUUAAGUUGACCGUUAAAUAUAUGACGUGACAAUUAAAAAAUUAAAAAUUUCCACCUUAUCAUUUUCAUUAUGGGUGGCUAUACGGUCCGGUCCGGUUAAAUUGGACCAAAUUGAUCCUGUCCCAGUUCGGUCUUUUCGGGAAUAUAACGACCAAAGAUUGGAUUGGAUACAUUUUGGUCUUGAUCCGGUCCGGUCUUGACCCGAUCCGGUCCCAAUUUUAUCUUGAUUUUAGGUGUUGGGGGUCUCUUAUCCGGUCUUUAUCCGGUUUUUUACCUCAAAUCUAAGCCCGAAUAUGAGAUUGCAAUUUUUGCUAUCCAGUCCCAGUCCGAUCCCGGUCCGAGUUAUACGGUCCGGUUUCGGGUAAAACCAAACAGUCCGGGACCAAAUAACCAGCCCUAAAUUUUUCAUCCUAAAAAAAUAAAAAUAAAAUAAAAAUUCUUUUAUUGCUUACCUCAAUUCUUACCUAAUACAGGGUAACUAGUCCUACGACGAGCAGAGACAUUGAUAGGUGGACGGCCCCCUUUCGCGAUGGAAUCGACUCCGGGAACGGACCCCUUUCGCCGCCGGUGGACAGCGGGCGGAUUCUGGAGUCCCCCAGGUGGAAGGUUCGGCGACAGGGAACUUCAAACCUGACAGCCUGCUCGGCGGAGAAGAGAUCUACAGAGGAUGGGUCGACGGGAGAAGUCUAUCACCUUGUACUAGUGGCGGUUUCAGGAUUUUUUUAUAGGGAUGUCCUCUUCCAAAAAUUAAAUUAAAUUAAAAAUUAAUUAAAUAAUUCAUAAAUCAGAAAAUAUCCGAGUAGUACAUAUUUUAACAAAAGAUCAGGACAUAUUUUCAUAUUUGGAAAAAAUAAUAUUAAAUAGACUCAAUAUCUACAUUGUUCAACAAAUCUGUAUAUCUUACUAGACAAUAAUGCACGAACUGAUCGCAUAUUCGAUUUCUAACCUUGUCCUUGAUGUAACUCAAAGUAGAAAGACUCUUUUAACUAUUGCCGUGUAACCAUGAAAUCAAUUCAAAUUAAGGAUAACCCGUAAUUAGUUUAAUUGUUAGGUUUUGAAAAUAAUUGGGGAUAAGGAAUAAUGUUUUUACUAUUUUAUAGUGUUUAAAAUAGAACAAGAAACGAGUUGAAACCUAGAGAAUAUGUUUAAUAAUAGUAGUGUUCUAGGUUUGAAUAAUACAAAGUACCACUUAUAUUUUUUUAAUCAUACACAAAUUACUACCGAGAUUAGGAUAAUCGUUUUUUUAAAAUUUAAGGGUGUCCCGGAUCACAGAUUAUAAUUUUUUUUAUCCAUACGAAACUAUUAUUUGAGGUUGGAUAAUCGUUAUCCCAAAUUCUAGGGGUGUCCCAGGACACCCCUAAUGAUCCAUGUAUCCGCCACUGCCUUGUACCCCCGGGGCGGGUCUCGCCAUCGCCAUCAAGAAAUUGACGACGGGAAUUUGAUAUCUUUUAGUAAUUUUAGUGACCACAAAUGGAAUAAAGUAUUUUUAGUGAUCAAACUUGACAAUUUUUAGAACGUCAUCUCAAUGACUAAUCAUGACAUUUACCCUCAAAUCUACUUAACCCCUCGAUGUUAAACCAAACUUGCUUUUCAUGAGAAAUUGAGUCAUAUAACUACAAUUUUAAACCAAACAUGAAUGUAAUAGAAUAAUUAGUAUGAUAUUCAUAUAUGGGUCAUAUAAAAAUAGCUUGAGUUAUUGAUGAGAGGAAGUAGUAGUUCUUGAAACCAAGUGAUUUCUUUGCUUUUCAGCAAGUAUUAAUGUUCAUUGUAUCAAUCUUGAUGGGUUGCGUGGUUACAGUGACGGCUGAAUUGAUGACCUUAGAGACUAAAGUGGAUGUUGUAGACCCAUCGAACUUAACCGCGAAGUACACAAUAACAGAUUCAGAUGAUCAAGUAGUGGUGAGUGAGUUGAAGUUCGAGAAAGAAGGAACAAAAGGUUGUAUCUGUAAGUUGACCAAUCAGUACGUAAAGAAAGCCGAGGGAAUCCACAAUGGAGCAGAACGGGUAUUGCGUGUCAACAAGAAGCUGUUUGAGUAUCUCUCAGCCAAUCCCGACAUUUGUGCAUAAGCCAAUUAUUAUAAGGAAAUAUCAUGGCUUUGAUAUACAUGAGAUGAACAAUAAUGGGUGUUUCGUUUCAAUAUUCACUUGUAUUUGUGUUUCUUAUUGUUCUUUUCCCCUUCAAUAAGUCCCAAUCCCUUGUCCUUCGGGGUGUCGGUUAGAUAUUUAUGCUGUGUAUCGAUCACUUCUUAUUGAAACUAUUGUACUUUGAAUGAAUAUAUACUAGUUGUUAUGAAAAUAAAAAAGUCGUGGUACAACUUAUGUUUUGGAUUUAUGGAUGCAUUUGGCAUUUGUAGGAGUUUUAGGGUGCUAUUUGAGUAGUUUUGUUAAAAAGUUUAAAGGAUGGGUAGUUAGAGGGAACUUGUUUAUCUUUAUAUUAUGUUAUUGUGGAGAUUUUCUCUUUAAGAAAAAUACAUAACAGAAUUAACAGAAAACCCUAUUUCUCAAGCACGUAUAACCUAGAUAGUAACUCAUACACUUCAUAAGCACAUGAAAAGAUAGAAAAUAUUCAAGUUCAAACUGUAGAAGUAGCAUGAACUAAUUAUCUUGAUAAUUUGAAAAAUUUAAAGCUCGAAGUUAAAUGAUUAGGCAAAGGUCGAUUGAUAAGUUGACAAGUAAAGUGGCAUGACAUUUUAUCCAACUUAAUAAUGAAAGUCGAAAUUAACAAUGGCCUACUCCCAUUGAAAUCUCAAAUUCCAACACUCUUACCAAAGAAUUCGUAACUUAAAAUAACUUUGACGUUUAAAGCUCAAUGAGAAAGAUGUUAUGCUAGAAUUUUGAAAAUUUUGGUAUGGACUUUGCUAAAAUUUAUCAAUCCAUCCAAGCAUACAUUCAAUUAAGAUCAUCAAAAGCACCAUGCAAUCUCAUUUCUUAGCAUACAAGGUCAAAUUGAUUCCAAAUGGGUACACAAGGUCAAAUUCAAACCCUCUGGAGAAGUCGAACGCCUCAAGCAUUGUUAGUUUCCAAAGGCUUCACUCAUAUACUAGGGAUAGAUUAUCAUGAUACAUCUACUCCCGUUGCCAAGAUGGUCACUGUUCGUAGUUUGGUUGUUGUUGUUGCUUUACAAAAUUGGCCAUUGCACCAACUCAAUGUUAAUAACGCAUUUCUUCAUGGUGAAUUGGAUGAAGAGGUGUACAUAAAUAUGCCUAAAGGGUUUCGUCAACCAAAUGACUAUAGAGUUUGCCACCUUAAGAAGUCCUUAUAUGGUUUGGAACACGAGAGUGGUGUUGGGCCAGUGCAAAGAGGAAGGGAGCGAUAUCGACGAGAGGUUACCGGAGAGCAAGAGCUUAGAUCUUUUUUUUUUUAAUUUGUACAUUUUUAAUGUUGGUGAUGGGUGAGGGGAGAAGCUAAGAGUAAGUGAGUUGGAUAAUUAAUUAAAAUAAAAUUUUGAUUUAAUUGUCUAAUUGCUAUAUCAUCUGGUUAAUGGUCAAAGGUCACCGUUGACCACCAUGUAGGACAAAUUUACUGAAAAAUGGACGGCCAGUGAUCAACAAUAAAAUUAGAGUUUAUUGUUAGUAACCGCUAAUUGAAUACAAAAAAUUAGUGACGAACAUAAAAGAAAUUGAUAACUCGGUGACCAGACAUGUACUUUAGCAGGUGAUUUUCCAAAUAGCUAGGAGGGGUUUAUAAGACCGGUGCUACAAAACCAUUGAGGUAACUUAUUUUCUUAGUACACCAUAACAUCCAAUUUGAUAUAUUUCGAAAUAGAUGAUUUUCACACCAAAUUUACGUACUCGUAUAUGUCGUGGUACGAUGGUUUUGGGAGCAGGGGCGGAGGGAGAGUGUUAAAGGGUGGGUCCCGGGAUCCACCCUGGCUCGGAAACAAAAAUAUUAAAUUAGAUAUAAUAGUUAAUCGGGUAUGACAAAUAAUACGUAUUUAAAUGA